AUGAAGAAUUCACUCUUUUUGUUAGCAGCCUGUGCGCUUCCAGCACUGGGUCGUUUAGCUCUUCACGAGAGAGAUGUUCCAGCGGUUGUUAGCUUCGAUAUCAAGCGGAAAGAUGUAUCGGAUCCCGUAGCUCGAGACGUUGCGAGGCGGAAGCGGUCGGAGACAGUCAGCUCCGGGUUGGACAAUGAGUACAACCUCUAUCUGUGUAAUAUCACUCUAGGCUCCGAUAAACAAGCUCUACGUCUUGUCAUCGACACUGGGAGCAGCGAUCUCUGGGUGAAUGCGCCCAAUUCAACUUUCUGUGAGGAAUAUAAGGAAUACUGUGACUACUACGGUACCUACGAUGCGACCGACUCGGAUACAUACUCUUACGUUAAUUCCGAUUUCAACAUUUCCUAUGCCGACUCCUCCAGCGCAGGUGGUGUAUAUGCCACCGACACCCUUCAUAUCGGUGAUGCCGAACUCAAAAGUUUACAGUUCGGUAUUGGUUACGAAUCCUCUUCUGAAGUGGGUGUCCUGGGAAUUGGAUAUACGACAAACGAAGCCUCAGAGUCCACCACAGGUGAAUCAUACGCCAACCUGCCUAAAGCAAUGGUCAACAAAGGCUUGAUUCAGUCCAAUGCAUACAGCUUGUGGUUGAAUGACCUCGAUUCCAACGAAGGCUCCAUUCUGUUCGGUGGUAUCGAUACCGGCAAAUUCCACGGCGAACUUGAGACCCUACCCAUCCUGAAGACCCAGGGCGUAUACGCAGCAUUCUACAUCACCCUUAGCGGGGUUGCCUUGACCAAUUCGUCGGGAACGAGCAAUUACUCCACUUCCAGCUCUCUUCCAGCUGCGGUUCUUCUUGAUUCCGGCAGCUCUCUGACCUAUCUUCCAGACGCCAUCGUCGAGGAUAUUUAUGACGAAUUGGAUGUCAGCUACUCGAGCAGCGCGGGAUAUGGAUAUCUGCCCUGUAGUUACGCCGAGAAGGACUACAAGUUCACCUACUCAUUCUCAGGUUUGACCAUUGACGUCGAUAUCAGCGAGCUCGUCAUGGACAUGGGUGGCAAUGAAUAUUACAGCAAUGGCGAUCGCGCCUGUGCUUUUGGUAUUGCUCCAGCCGGAAACACUGACGCCGUUCUUGGUGAUACCUUCCUGCGCAGUGCCUACGUGGUCUAUGACCUGGCCAACAACGAAAUCUCUAUGGCCAACACCAACUUCAACUCCACAACUAGCCACAUUUCCGAGAUCGGAACUGGUGCAGAUGCUGUGCCCAGUGCUACUGGAGUUGCCAACCCGGAGACAGCUUCGUCAAAUCCUACCGCCAAGCACGGUGGCGUCCCUGAUGCCACUGAUCUUCCCGGGUCGAGCACCAAGAAUGCCGCUAUUCCAAGACCCACUCAGAUGCCUAAGCACAUGGCGCUGGGUCUGGCCGGUGCUGCUCUGCUCGUUCUGUGA